AACCAGGACAGGCUCCGAGAAAUAAUGAAACAAUCUCAACAAACAACACUACAGACGGACAACAGCGAUCAGACUGUCCUCCUUUAGUCAACGGCACCUGUGAAGAGGAAUACAUCUUGGAGACUUCUGUUGAAGAUGGAUGCCUGAUCCAGCGAUGCGUCUUGAAAUCUAUGUGGAACUUGAUGCUCCAGUUUUUCCGCUCUUGGGUUGAGAAAGACAACAGGCCCACGCAACUGCAGGAUGUUGCCUAUCAACCGAAGGCCUAA